AAUUAGCCGCUCUCUGAUUGGUUAGGUGGUGUAGCUGGUAGCAGCCAAUUGGAACUCUGGUGUCGGUCUGUGUAUCCCCAGGGAAGGACUGUGUGUUAAUGGUAUGUGUGCUUGUGUAGGUGUGUUUAUGUGUGUGUUUUUGCUCAUGGUUAGGGGUCUGUUAAAAACCCGAUGGAUCCAUUUGCGAGGGCACAGUCUAUCAGCCGGCCCAGAAGGACAGGGUGUGCCAGGAGUCCCGCCCGCACACAGCUGAACAUCCAGCCUGAUCUGAACCAGGCCCAUAGGCUUCUACCCCUACAGCCUCUACUCAAGAUCCAACCGACUCAACCGCACAGUUCCUCAGGAAUUGGAGGGGCGAAGUGUGUUUGACAGUGAGUCAUCUCUCCAGCGACCUUUACGGAAACAUAAGGAGAGUCGGAGGCCAUGGCUGGAGGGAGAAGAACAUCGUUCUCCGGUGUCUUCACCGUGGCUCUGCUAGCUGCUGUACUGCUGCCAGAAUUCCUGUCAGCAGGACCGGUGAUUCAGGAGCUCAAAGAUGCUGUGGAUGCCACUGAGGAGACAGCGGUUGCUGCGGCGUCGACAAGGAGGCUAGUCCGUAACCGCAGAAACAUCAGCUGGUACAAGCAACACUCCGACUUUUGGAGCUGGUACAAAUUUUUCACUGACAACGGCAAUCAAGAGGCGGUUCAGGAGCUCGAUAAGGUCUACCUGGCCUACCUCCAGAACAAGAAUCGCGCAGAGGGCCGCCGCUCCUACAAGGCCUACCUGAGCCACUUGGGAGACGUCUACAAGGCCUGUGCAGACUCAGAGGACCCAGACUGUGUGUCGUCGGCAACCAGCCGGCCCAAGCCCACUCCUCCUCCCAAGCCGGCGCCCGUCAAAGCCUGUGACCCCUACAGGGACCCGUCGUGUCUGUACGCCGCCAUGGCAAACGCCAAGGGCCACUAUGCCCCUGUGCUGCCACAGGCCCCCGCCCCGGUCAAGGCCCCCGCCCCCCUGUAUGUGAAGGCUCCUGCAGCCGUCAGUGACCCCAAUUCUGGGUACUACUACUACUCCCCUGCGGUGCAGUCCUUCCUCUCCCAGGAGCAGAAGGCGGAGCUGCUGCGUAUCUGCUCGGCGGAGGACGUAGAGUGUCUCCAGUAUCACCUGAGAGCUGCUUUCGGCUACAAGCCCUCCGCCGGACCUGUGCCCUCGUACGCCCAUCUGGGCUGUGACCCCAAAACAGACCCCGGCUGUAAACCCCAGCUAGUUCAGAAAACCCCCGCCGGCCUCUUCCUCCGUUACCCCAACUGUGACCCCAGAGACCCACGCUGUGCCUACACUGCCUUCCAGCAGGCACCCCGCGCCCCUCCUCCUCCUCCCCCAGCAGGUCCUGGUUCUUGCAACCCCCUGUUCGAGGACGGCUGUAACCCUCUCACUGCCACAAAGUUUGCCACGGCACCAGAGAAGUACAAGGAAGAACACAAAGAUGAAGCUGCUUCAAUGCGUGCUGCACCCCAAGCUCCCGAGCAACGCAGCGAUCCAUUCACCAUGUACAGAGAUGCUUACGCUAAUGCUAAUAGUGCUAAUGACCCCUAUGCUAUGUACCGCCAAACCAGUGAUCCCAGGGCUCAAGCUAAUGACCCAUACGCUAUGUACCGCCAAGCCAGUGAUCCCAGUGGCCAAGCCAAUGAUCCGUACGCUAAUUACCGCCAAGCCAGUGCUUCCAGUGAUCCAGCUAGCGACCCAUAUACCAUGUACCGCCAAGCCAUCGCUAAUGCUCAAGCUAGUGACCCAUACGCCAUGUACAGACAGGCUAAUGCUAACGCUAAUACUAACGAUCCUUUCGCUAUGUAUCGGGAAGCCGCAUCUGCCAUGAACAGACGUGCCCCCCCUUCAACCCGCCAGCAAGCCCCGGCCCCGCCUCCUCGAUAUGAGGAGCCACCCCAGGAGGACCGCCAUCCGCUGGGUCCCCGAGGAAAGACCAAGGAAGGCUAUGACUGCUUUAUUGGCUACGACCAGGAGUGCUACCCACUUUCCCAAGCUGAGCCUCGUUCCGGCCACCACCGAAACACAGCACACCCGGCCGAGCCCUACGAGCCACACCUCAACGCCGACGGUACCCGGAGAGGAGUCCUGGAGCCCUCCAACCCCGACUGCGACCCAGAGUACGACGCUGACUGCCGCCUGCGCCGCCACGAACCCCAGGGGCACCUCCAGCCAGACGCCAACGACCAGGAGGAGCAGCACCGGGCGGAGCCGGAGAGAGAUGGCGAGGUGGAGUCAGAGCCGUACCAGAGUGGGCAGGAGGAGUCCUACGGGGCUUACGCCGCUCCCUCGCAUGGCCUGUCAUAUGGGUCCUACCCCCCACGCCAGCGGGGAAUGCCCAGCUUCCAGGACAUGCUGAGGGGAUACGCAGACCAGUACCCAGAGCAGGACGACCACAGAGCGCACUCUGCUGAUUACCGCAAAAAAUAAGCACACAAACGCCUGCACAACCUCACAAAUGCGGAAACACAGACAGUCCUCGUUCACACUGCAUAUGCAAUAGAGACUACAGCAAAAAGGCGAACCGACAUGCCAGCCAAAAGCGUGUGGAGAUGUUGCACAGUAUAUUUGAUGCAAAAUAAGAAUAGAUAAACGGGCACUCACAAACAGGCUUACACGUAAGAAAGUGCAGAAAGAAACAGGAGCAGUUGCAGUUUCUUUUCUAGAUGUUUCUAAACGUGUAUUGGGCAGUUGAGAGUUCAUGGAUUCAUUCAUUGGCAAUAAUUAGCAAUUGAUUGAGCCACUCCUCAUUCUCACUGGAAUAUUUAAUAAUUUCUGCAGCUCCAACUCGCUUCUGUGGCUACAAACAUCCCCUGCUUUUAAUGUUUUUUGUUUUUAUGA